GGACUACAAUCCCCGCAGCCCAUAUAAAGAGCUUGAGCUGCGAGGAGGGGGCCAGAGCCGGGAGAGGAGCAUGGAUGCGCGGCGGAGCGGGAGCAGCCAGGGCAGCAGGCGACUUCUGUGAGGCCGGGACACCUUGGCGUUGACACCGAGGAUUCCAGGAUCAGCGAACAUGUCGGACAAGAUGUCGAGUUUUCUCCACGUGGGGGAUAUCGUGUCCCUGUAUGCCGAGGGGUCGGUGAACGGAUUUAUCAGCACGUUGGGUUUGGUGGACGACCGUUGUGUGGUACAGCCUGAAGCCGGGGACCUCAAUAACCCACCCAAAAAGUUUCGAGACUGCUUGUUCAGGCUCUGCCCCAUGAACAGAUAUUCUGCACAGAAACAAUUCUGGAAAGCUGCAAAGCCCGGCGCCAGUAGUACGACCGACACCGUCCUGCUCAACAAACUACAUCAUGCAGCAGAUUUGGAAAAAAAGCAGAAUGAGACGGAGAAUCGAAAGCUCUUGGGGACAGUUAUCCAGUAUGGAAAUGUUAUCCAGAUGCUUCAUUUGAAGAGUAACAAGUAUCUGACGGUGAACAAGAGGCUCCCUGCGCUGCUGGAGAAGAACGCCAUGCGAGUGACACUGGAUGAGGCUGGGAAUGAAGGCUCCUGGUUCUACAUCCAGCCGUUUUACAAGCUCCGCUCUAUCGGGGACAGUGUGGUGAUCGGAGAUAAAGUUGUCCUUAACCCAGUAAAUGCUGGGCAGCCUCUACAUGCCAGUAGUCAUCAGCUGGCAGAUAACCCAGGAUGCAAUGAGGUUAAUUCUGUGAAUUGUAACACAAGUUGGAAGAUUGUUCUGUUCAUGAAGUGGAGCGACAACAAGGAUGACAUCUUGAAGGGGGGCGAUGUGGUUCGGCUCUUCCAUGCCGAGCAGGAGAAGUUCUUGACGUGUGACGAGCACAGGAAGAAGCAGUACGUGUUUCUCAGGACGACAGGGCGGCAGUCGGCCACUUCGGCUACCAGCUCCAAGGCUUUGUGGGAAGUCGAGGUGGUGCAGCAUGACCCAUGUAGAGGUGGCGCGGGCUACUGGAACAGUCUCUUUAGGUUCAAGCAUCUUGCAACUGGGCAUUACCUGGCAGCAGAGAUGGACGCAGAACAGGACCCCACCCGUGCCCGGCUCUGCAUGGACUCUGAGAAGAUCAAGUGUACAUUGGUGUCUGUCCCUGAAGGCAAUGAUAUCUCUUCCAUCUUUGAGCUAGACCCUACCACCCUCCGAGGUGGAGACAGCCUGGUGCCAAGGAACUCGUAUGUUCGGCUGCGUCAUCUCUGCACCAACACCUGGGUCCACAGCACCAAUAGCCCUAUAGACAAGGAUGAGGAGAAGCCGGUCAUGCUAAGGAUUGGUACGUCACCCAUAAAGGAGGACAAGGAAGCCUUCGCCAUAGUUCCCGUCUCACCUGCCGAGGUGCGAGAUCUGGAUUUUGCCAACGAUGCCAGCAAAGUUCUGUCUUCCAUUGCGGGAAAGUUGGAGAAAGGAACGAUCACCCAGAAUGAGAGAAGGGCUGUGACCAAGCUCCUGGAGGAACUGGUCUACUUUGUGACUGCUGGGGUGAAUUCUGGUCAGGAUGUCCUGGAGGUUCUGGUGAACAAACCCAACCGUGAGCGUCAGAAGCUGAUGCGGGAGCAGAAUAUCCUAAAACAGAUCUUCAAGCUGCUGCAGGCGCCGUUUACAGACUGCGGGGAUGGUCCGAUGCUGCGGCUGGAGGAGCUCGGAGAUCAGCGGCACGCACCUUUUAGACAUAUAUGCCGACUCUGCUACCGAGUACUAAGGCAUUCGCAGCAAGACUACCGGAAAAAUCAGGAAUACAUCGCCAAGCAGUUUGGGUUCAUGCAGAAGCAGAUCGGUUAUGAUGUUUUGGCAGAAGACACAAUCACGGCUCUGCUACACAAUAACCGCAAGCUGUUGGAGAAGCACAUUACGGCGGCCGAGAUCGACACCUUCGUCAGCCUAGUGAGAAAGAACCGCGAACCAAGGUUUCUGGAUUAUCUGUCGGAUCUCUGUGUUUCUAUGAAUAAAUCCAUCCCGGUCACUCAGGAGUUAAUCUGUAAGGCGGUGCUGAACCCGGCCAAUGCCGACAUCCUCAUCGAGACCAAGCUAGUUCUAUCUCGUUUUGAGUUUGAAGGCCUGAACACUGGCGAUAACCCUCUGGAAGCUGGAGAGGAUGAGGAGGAGGUUUGGCUUUUCUGGAGGGACAGCAAUAAGGAGACUCGCAGUAAGAGCAUCCGAGAACUGGCUCAAGACGCCAAAGAGGGUCAGAAAGAAGAUCAAGACGUCCUGAGCUACUACAGAUACCAACUCAACCUGUUUGCCCGGAUGUGUCUGGACCGCCAGUAUCUGGCCAUUAACGAGAUCUCAGGGCAAUUGGACGUUGACCUCAUUUUGCGCUGUAUGGCUGAUGAGAACCUGCCGUUUGAUCUGCGGGCGUCCUUCUCCCGCCUGAUGCUUCAUAUGCAUGUGGACCGGGACCCGCAGGAACAGGUGACGCCAGUGAAGUACGCCCGCUUGUGGUCAGAAAUACCAUCGGAGAUCGCCAUUGACGACUAUGACAGCAGCGGGACCUCCAGGGAUGAUAUAAAAGAGCGUUUUGCUCAGACCAUGGAGUUUGUGGAAGAAUACCUGCGUGAUGUAGUCGGGCAGAGGUUUCCUUUCUCGGACAAGGAGAAGAACAAGCUGACCUUCGAGGUGGUGAACUUGGCACGUAAUCUCAUCUACUUUGGCUUUUACAACUUCAACGACCUCCUCCGACUGACGAAGAUCCUUCUGGCUAUCCUGGACUGUGUGCACCUGGCGGCCAACUUCCCUUCUAACAAAAUGGGCAAAGGGGAUGAAAAGCAAGGGGGCAGUAAUGUGAUGCGCUCCAUACAUGGUGUCGGGGAGCUCAUGACACAGGUAGUCCUGCGCGGUGGAGGCUUCCUCCCAAUGACCCCGUUGGUGGCACCUGAGGGAGCCAUCAAACCUCAACGGGAACCUGAGAAGGAGGACAUACUGGUGAUGGACACGAAGCUGAAGAUUAUAGAAAUUUUACAGUUCAUUCUCAAUGUCCGUCUGGAUUACCGCAUCUCCUGCCUCCUCUGCAUCUUCAAGAAUGAAUUUGAUGAGAGCAACGCUCAGAGCAGCGAUGGUUCAGAAACCACCACAGUAGUGCCAGGAGCUCUGGAUUUUGAGCACAUUGAGGAGCAGGCAGAAGGAAUCUUUGGAGGAAGUGAGGAGAACACUCCUUUGGACUUGGACGAUGAUGGUGGGCGCACGUUUCUACGUGUCUUGCUCCACCUCACAAUGCACGACUACCCCCCACUAGUGUCAGGAGCCCUGCAGCUCCUCUUCCGCCACUUCAGCCAGCGCCAGGAGGUUCUGCAGGCAUUUAAACAGGUCCAGCUCCUUGUGACCAGCCAAGAUGUGGAUAACUACAAGCAAAUAAAGCAAGACUUGGAUCAGCUGAGGUCCAUCGUGGAGAAGUCUGAGCUCUGGGUGUACAAGGGGUCGGGUCCAGAAGAGGCUCCAGAGCCAUCCGCUACAGCCGCAGGGGGCAAGGAUGAGCAAUCAAAGACCCCGAAAAAACCAGAGACUACAAGCAGCUACAACUACAGGGUAGUCCGUGAGAUCCUCCUACGUCUCAGCAAGCUCUGUGUGCAGGAAAACACGUCGGGCCGGCGAAACCGCAAACAGCAGCAGCGUCUCUUGCGUAACAUGGGGGCGCACGCGGUGGUCCUGGAGCUGCUGCAGAUCCCAUACGAAAAGACCGAGGACACGCGGAUGCAGGAGAUCAUGAGAAUCGCACACGAGUUCUUGCAGAACUUCUGCGCAGGGAACCAACAGAACCAGACGCUGCUGCACAAACACAUCAACCUGUUCCUGACGCCUGGAAUUUUGGAAGCAGUCACCAUGCAGCACAUCUUCAUGAAUAACUUCCAGCUGUGCAGUGAGAUUAACGAGCGCGUCGUCCAGCACUUCGCUCACUGCAUCGAGACGCACGGACGCAGCGUUCAGUAUAUUAAGUUUCUGCAGACGAUUGUGAAGGCUGAAGGACGGUUCAUUAAGAAGUGCCAGGAUAUAGUCAUGGCGGAGCUGGUGAACUCCGGUGAGGACGUCCUGGUCUUCUACAAUGACCGGGCAUCGUUCCAAACUCUGGUGCAGAUGAUGCGUUCUGAGAGGGAGAGGAUGGAUGAGAACAGUCCUCUGAUGUAUCACAUCCACCUGGUGGAGCUCCUGGCCGUGUGCACGGAAGGCAAGAAUGUCUACACCGAGAUCAAGUGCAACUCUCUGCUCCCACUGGACGACAUUGUCCGGGUGGUCACUCAUGAAGAUUGCAUCCCGGAGGUAAAGAUCGCCUACAUCAACUUCCUCAAUCACUGCUACGUCGAUACAGAAGUGGAAAUGAAGGAGAUUUACACCAGUAACCACAUGUGGAAACUGUUUGAGAAUUUCCUGGUGGACAUCUGCAGGGUUUGUAACAGCACCAGUGACCGGAAGCAUGCGGACCUAGUGCUGGAGCGAUAUGUGACGGAGACGGUGAUGAGCAUCGUUAACACCUUCUUCAGCUCUCCUUUCUCCGACCAGAGCACAACGCUGCAGACCCGGCAGCCGGUGUUUGUCCAGCUCCUGCAGGCCGUCUUCAGGGUCUAUCACUGUGGCUGGCUCCUUCCCUCCCAGAAGGCAUCGGUGGAGAGCUGCAUUCGGGUGUUGUCAGAUGUCGCGAAGAGCCGCGCCAUUGCCAUCCCUGUAGACCUCGACAGUCAGGUGAACAACUUAUUCCUGAAGAGUCAUAACAUUGUGCAGAAGACGGCCAUGAACUGGCGCAUGUCUGUGCGAAACGCGACCCGGCGGGACUCGGUGCUGACUGCUUCACGGGACUAUCGCAACAUCAUUGAGCGGCUGCAGGACAUCGUCUCUUCUCUGGAGGACCGGCUGCGGCCACUGGUUCAGGCUGAACUUUCUGUACUUGUGGAUGUUCUGCACCGACCGGAGCUUCUGUUCCCAGAAAACACAGACGCCCGCAAGAAGUGUGAGAGCGGACAGUUCAUCUGCAAAUUAAUUCGACACACCAAACAACUUCUGGAAGAAAACGAGGAGAAGCUUUGCAUCAAGGUCCUGCAGACACUGCGGGAGAUGAUGGCAAAAGAUCGUGGUUAUGGAGACAAGGGUGAAGCUCUACGGGUGAUUUUGGUAAACCGUUACUACGGGAAUGUCAGGCAUGGCGGAAGACGGGAAAGCCUCACCAGCUAUGGGAAUGUUCCUGGAGGUGGUGGAAAAUCUGGCAGUGGAGCCUCCGUAGGAUUGGUGGGCCUAAGCCGAGGGGAGAUGAGUUUGGCUGAUGUUCAGUGUCAUCUGGAUAAAGAAGGGGCCUCGGAUCUGGUGAUUGACCUAAUCAUGAAUGCUACCAGUGACCGGGUCUUCCACGAGAGCAUCCUCCUUGCGAUAGCCCUGCUCGAGGGAGGCAACACCACUAUUCAGCAUUCCUUCUUCUGCCGGCUGACCGAGGACAAGAAAUCGGAGAAGUUCUUCAAAGUUUUUUUUGACCGGAUGAAAGUCGCGCAGCAAGAAAUUAAAGCCACGGUCACUGUGAAUACCAGUGACCUAGGGAGCAAGAAGAGGGAUGAGGAGCAUUCGGAGAGGGAGACCCCGCACCGGAAGACAGCUCGAGAAUCCAGCUCCCAGAUCACAGAGGAGGCCAAAGAGCAGCUUCUAGAGGCUUCGGUUGCCACCAAGAAGGCCUUCAGCACUUUCCGGAGGGAGGCAGACCCUGAUGAUCACUUCUCCUCUGGGGAUGGUGGACUGGCAGCUUCAGAGAAAGGAAAAGAUGAUCUGGAGAUGAGCGCGGUGAUCACCAUUAUGCAGCCGAUCCUGCGCUUCUUGCAACUGCUUUGUGAGAACCACAACCGAGACCUGCAGAAUUUCCUGCGCUGCCAGAAUAACAAAACAAACUAUAAUCUGGUCUGCGAGACCCUGCAGUUCCUUGACUGCAUCUGUGGAAGCACAACCGGUGGUCUUGGCCUACUGGGACUAUAUAUCAACGAGAAGAACGUUGCCCUCAUUAACCAGACACUGGAGAGCCUGACGGAGUACUGCCAGGGACCAUGCCAUGAAAACCAGAACUGCAUAGCGACCCACGAGUCUAACGGCAUCGAUAUCAUCACUGCACUGAUCCUCAAUGACAUCAACCCUCUGGGGAGGAAGAGGAUGGACUUGGUGUUGGAGCUCAAGAACAACGCCUCCAAGCUGCUGCUGGCCAUCAUGGAGAGCCGCCACGACAGCGAGAACGCCGAGCGAAUCUUGUAUAAUAUGAGGCCAAAAGAGCUGGUGGAGGUGAUCAAGAAGGCUUAUCUGCAGGGGGAGGUGGAGUUCGAGGAUGUGGAGAGCGGUGAGGAUCACGCUGCUUCUCCUCGCAAUGUCGGCCACAAUAUUUACAUCCUGGCACAUCAGCUUGCACGACACAACAAAGAGCUACAGCAAAUGCUGAAACCAGGAGUCCAAACAGGGGAUGGCGAUGAGGCCCUGGAAUUUUAUGCCAAACAUACAGCACAGAUAGAGAUUGUACGUCUUGACCGGACAAUGGAGCAGAUAGUCUUCCCUGUGCCGAGUAUAUGCGAGUUUCUUACCAAGGAGUCAAAACUACGAGUUUACUACACAACUGAAAGGGAUGAGCAAGGAAGCAAGAUCCAUGACUUCUUCCAAAGAUCAGAAGAUCUAUUCAAUGAAAUGAACUGGCAGAAAAAGCUACGAGCGCAGCAUGUCCUAUACUGGUGUUCUAGAAACAUGACCUUCUGGAGCAGCAUCUCAUUCAACCUGGCUGUGCUAAUGAAUCUUCUUGUUGCGUUUUUCUACCCCUUUGUUGGUGUACGAGGAGGAACACUGGAUUCCCGUCUCUCAGGUCUACUCUGGACAGCCAUGCUUGUUUCUUUAGCCAUAGUCAUUAUCCUUCCCAAGCCACAUGGAAUAAGAGCUUUGAUUGCUUCCACCAUUCUGCGACUCAUCUUCUCCAUUGGGCUCCAACCAACCUUGUUCCUUUUAGGGGCGUUCAAUGUGUGCAAUAAAAUAAUCUUCCUUACAAGCUUUGUGGGUAAUCGAGGCACCUUUACUCGAGGUUACGGCGCAAUGAUCUUGGAUGUUGAAUUUCUUUACCAUCUGUUGUAUCUUCUCAUCUGUGCUAUGGGGGUCUUUGUUCAUGAAUUCUUCUACAGUUUGCUGCUCUUUGAUCUAGUGUACCGAGAGGAGACUCUACUCAACGUGAUUAAGAGUGUGACUAGGAAUGGGCGGUCGAUUAUCCUGACUGCUGUGCUGGCGUUGAUUCUGGUCUAUCUGUUUUCCAUUGUGGGAUACCUUUUCUUUAAAGAUGACUUUAUACUGGAAGUGGAUAGAUUGCCAAAUGAGACAACCUUCCCAGAGGCUGGAAGCUCGAUGGCCCGAGAGCUCUUGUAUUCAGAAGUUUGCCGUUUGGAGUCGGGAGGUAACUGCACCCAAGAAGAGGUCUCAGAAGAUGUAGAGGAAGAAGAGAAAGAACAUACCUGUGAGACCCUACUGAUGUGCAUAGUGACUGUCCUUAGUCAUGGACUCAGAAGUGGUGGCGGUGUUGGAGAUGUUCUCCGGAAACCUUCCAAAGAGGAACCUCUGUUUGCUGCGCGUGUCAUCUACGAUCUGCUCUUCUUCUUUAUGGUCAUCAUUAUUGUGUUGAACUUGAUUUUUGGUGUCAUCAUUGACACUUUUGCUGACUUGAGAAGUGAGAAGCAGAAGAAAGAGGAAGUGUUGAAGACUACAUGUUUCAUUUGUGGGCUGGAACGUGACAAAUUUGACAAUAAAACUGUGACGUUUGAAGAGCACAUUAAGGAGGAACAUAACAUGUGGCACUAUUUGUUUUUUAUUGUACUGGUGAAAGUGAAAGACUCCACGGAAUACACUGGACCGGAAAGCUACGUGGCAGAAAUGAUAAAGGAUCGAAACCUUGACUGGUUUCCAAGAAUGAGGGCCAUGUCCCUUGUGAGCAGCGACUCUGAAGGUGAACAGAAUGAAUUAAGGAAUCUGCAGGAGAAGCUGGAAUCCACCAUGCGUCUGGUGACCUAUUUGUCCAGCCAGCUGAGUGAGCUUAAGGAUCAGAUGACAGAGCAACGGAAGCAAAAGCAGAGGAUUGGUCUCCUGGGGCAGCCGGCUCAUCUAAACCUCAAUCCCCAGCAACCGGCAUAGUGGACUGCAUCCAACGUGGCGUCUGCUUCUCCAUCCCUGGCAGUGUUUUGGGUGAAAUUUGUGCCAUCCGAGCCUGUUGUUCCACCCCACCCCCACCCCCCCUCCACCCCUUGUCCGCCACCACCACUACUGCUGCCACUCUCCCCAACCCACCUUUAUAGAACUGAUGGCGUCCAAGUCUAGUGCCAAAUGGUCUCGGGAAGGAACAGACUUUGCACUUGAGAAUCUAUAAAAUAAACUGACUUAAGAGGGAAAGCUCGUUUUUAUACUUCAAGAAUUCUAUUUAUGAGAAUUUACUUAUUUCCUUUUUUUUUUUUUUGUAAUUUAUGGCGUCUGUGUGUAUGGACCACUAUGUAUUAUAAUGCUCUAGUACCUUGUGUUGGGGGAUUGCCUCAGCCCCGCCAUUACCCCAUUAGAGGGAGACUUCUUUUUUUUUUUUGGCCCUGCACCCUUCAUGGAGAAUGGAUGCCCCAGGAGUGACCAAACCAGCAGUGGUUCUUCCCCUUGCUCCAUCUCCUCCAUUGGCCUCUCCUAUUUUUCCAUGCCGCUCCUGAGCAGGAUCCCUGACACACUGCUCCCAGCAGGCUUGCCGCUUUUGGACAUCCCCCUCUGAUGGGGGUGGACGGGCGCCGGCUCUUGACUCUUCCCUUAGUCGCUCUAUUUUGUACACAUUCUUUGUUUCUUGACACGGACGCUGCUCCCUGAGUUUUUGUUAAUGUGUAUGGUUGAGAUUAAAAGAAAAUGAAGCAGA